AUGGCGGAGCAUGAGCCCUUCUCUCUGCUGGUUUCCCCCAAGGACUUUCCUGGCGGUCUGCAGCCCGAGCAAGUUCGUGUCUCUUUCCGCGCUGCGUACAAUCGAAAGGCCCACAGCAGCGACAGCCAGAUCGAGCUCAUUUGGGCCGAAGCGGUGGCCAAGAACCCGCGCAUCUACGAUGGCUCCAAGUUUCGGCUUGACAAAGUUCUGUGGUCGGACGGAGUCCUGCAAGUGGACCUUGGCCUCACGGGCUACAAGGAGUAUCUGGGCACUCACCAGAGACCCGCCGUGGAGCGGAAGCAGCUCGAGGAGGAUGGGCUUCGUGAGUUCGGAGACAAGGUGGCUCACUUCUCCAAGGCCCUGGGCUGCGAGGCCGUGCUCGGCACUGCUGACGGCCAGGCGGUGCUGCUGCGCCGGAGCGGUGCAGUGGGCACCAACUCUGGAUUGUACAAUGGGCCGAGCGGCCACCCGGAGCCGAAAAAUGCAGGAAUUGUUGGAUUCGACGAGCUGCUGGAGGACGAGGCGUGCGCUCGGGCGCAUCGUGAGUUGUUCGGCUCAGUGGUGGACGAGGUUAUCGCGGAGACGAACGUGCCACGAGAGAGCCUUGCUGCCCCAGAGCUGAUCGGCGUCAUGGCCGAUUCGACAGGCAAGCCCGACGUGCUGUUUCUGCUACGAACAUCCUUGACCUCCGCAGAGGUGCAGCUGGCAUAUUCCAAGGGGGCCGAGGAAGCCUGGGAGUCCGAUCGCCUCACGUUCUGUCCCCUGGCAGAGAUUCCAGAGUGCAGCCUUCCUCUAACAGCCGUGACCCGUGCGGCCAUCGCCUGCAUACAGCUCUUGAAAGCAAGUUGA